UGUAUCAAUGUAUAUAGUGUGUAAUCCCGGCAAUGUCGAACAUCGCGUGUGCUUCGUGCAACAUCGUAAAAAAAAUUUUGACAAAAAUAUUAUAACUACAAAAAAUUACUUGGUAUUAGAUAAAAUUGAUAAUCAUGACUAUUGUGAAUAUUUUAAAUCGUAAUAUUAAUUUAACUCAAUUAUUAAAGCUACAUCCGUUCAUCUAUGGACAAAAUGUGCGGUCUUGGGCAUCACAUGCUAAAUUUGCCGAGCAUAAACCAUUGGAAAAGCUCAGGAAUAUUGGUAUAUCAGCUCACAUUGAUUCUGGAAAAACUACCUUGACCGAACGUAUUUUAUAUUAUACCGGUAGAAUAUCCGAAAUGCAUGAGGUAAAAGGAAAAGAUAAUGUUGGUGCAACUAUGGACAGCAUGGAAUUGGAAAGGCAGAGAGGAAUCACUAUUCAAUCUGCCGCAACAUACACAUUAUGGAAAGAUCAUAACAUUAAUAUUAUUGACACACCUGGACAUGUAGAUUUUACAGUGGAAGUUGAAAGAGCUCUACGUGUUUUGGAUGGUGCUAUACUUGUUCUUUGUGCUGUAGGUGGUGUCCAAUCACAGACUUUGACUGUAAAUCGGCAGAUGAAGAGAUACAAUGUACCCUGCUUAGCAUUUAUCAAUAAAUUAGAUAGGAUGGGUGCAAAUCCAAAAAAAGUCUUACAGCAAAUGAGAACUAAAUUACAUCAUAAUGCUGCAUUUUUACAAUUACCAAUUGGUCUGGAAAGUAAUACAAAGGGAGUAGUUGAUUUAAUUUCUCAAAAAGCAAUUUAUUUUGAAGGAAAUUUUGGGGAAGUUGUUAAAGAGGCUGAAAUUCCAAAAGAUAUGAAUACAGAGGUGAAUGAAAAGAGGCAAGAAUUAAUUGAGCACUUGAGUAAUGUGGAUGAUACACUUGGUGAAUUAUAUUUAAGUGAUACAAAGUUAACUGAGAAAGAUAUUAUGGAUGCUAUACGUAGGAGUUGUUUGAAAAGAAAAUUUACACCUGUAUUAGUUGGUACUGCAUUAAAAAAUAAAGGUGUUCAGCCAUUAUUAGAUGCAGUAAUUAACUAUUUACCAAAUCCAGGAGAAGUAGAGAAUUAUGCUCUUCAAGAGAAAUCUGAUGGAGAAUGUACUAAAGUUUUAUUAAAUUCUGAUCGCGAUGAUAAAAAUCCUUUUGUUGGAUUGGCUUUUAAAUUGGAAGCUGGUAAAUUUGGUCAAUUAACGUAUUUCCGUUGUUAUCAAGGAAUGUUGAGAAAAUCAGAUAACGUAUACAAUACGAGAACAAGAAAAAAGGUGCGAACUCAAAGAUUAGUUCGGCUUCAUUCAAAUGAAAUGGAAGAUGUGACAGAAGUCUAUGCAGGGGAUAUUUUUGCUUUAUUUGGCAUAGAUUGUGCAUCUGGUGAUACUUUUGUCAGAGAUUCUAAGCUAAAAUUAUCAAUGGAAUCAAUUUAUGUUCCUGAUCCCGUGGUAUCUAUGUCUAUACAAACAAAAAAUAUGAAAGAUCGAGACAAUUUUGCUAAAGGUAUUAGUCGAUUUACUAAGGAAGACCCAACUUUGCGUUUCAGCUAUGAUGUCGAUAAUAAGGAAAGUAUAGUUUCUGGUAUGGGAGAAUUGCAUUUGGAAAUUUAUGCACAACGAUUAGAACGUGAAUAUAAUUGUCCAAUCAUUCUUGGAAAACCAAAGGUUUCUUUUCGUGAAACUUUAUGUGAACCAUGUGAAUUCGAUUAUCUUCAUAAAAAACAAUCUGGUGGUGCUGGCCAAUAUGCUCGUGUGACUGGAAUUAUGGAACCCUUGCCACCUCAUAAGAACACACAUAUCGAAUUUUCGGACGAAACUAUAGGGACUAAUGUUCCAAAACAAUAUAUCCCGGGUGUAGAAAAAGGCUUCAGAGCUAUGUGUGAGAAAGGUAUGCUCAGUGGACAUAAAAUUGCUGGUGUUCGAUUCAGAAUAAUAGAUGGUAUGCACCAUUGUGUCGAUUCUUCGGAGUUCGCUUUCUUCCAAGCUGCUCAAGGUGCUGUCAGAGAUGUAUUUCAAACUGGUAGCUGGCGAAUUUUAGAGCCAAUUAUGUUGGUCGAAAUAACGGCUCCUGAGGAAUUUCAGGGUGUGGUAUUAGGACAAAUCAAUAAAAGAAAAGGAAUUAUAAAGUCAACGGAAACGAAUGAUGAAUGGUUCACAGCCAUUGCAGAAAUACCACUUAAUGAAAUGUUUGGUUACUCUGGUGAAUUAAGAUCCACUACACAAGGUAAAGGAGAAUUUACUAUGGAAUAUACAAGAUACAGUCCUUGCCUACCAGAGGUACAAGAAGAACUUCUUAGACAAUAUCAAGAAUCACAAGGAAUUGUAGUAGCUCAGAAAUCAAAAAAUUGAUUAUAGAGCAUUAGGUAUGUCUAGUGAAAAAUUGCGCAAUAUUAUCGUGAAAGCUAUAAAUGUAUCAUGGUAAUAUUCAUGUUUUAUUAUAUCUAAAUAUUUACUUAAUGUAAACUAUUAAGAUAUAGUAAUGAAUUAAUUUAUUAUAAUAAUAGAAAGUUGAUGAAUGCAAUUUGUAUAAUUGUAUAAUUGGCAAUUUUGACAGAGUGAAUGUAUUGAGCGGAUUAGUUCAUGUCGAAAAUGUGUGAUAUAUAAAAUACAAAAUAAAUACAUAGAAAAUAAUUUCUAGCUACAGAGAAAUGUACAACAAAAUAUUGUAUUGUAUUGUAUUUCCUAUAUUGUAUUUCUCAUUAUCUCUCCCGUGCGCGAUUUUCGUUUAUAACAUAAAAUUUAGUUUCAACAUCAGCUUUCUCUGUUUCUGUAUUUU